AUGGCUUCUCGUGUUAACAUCUGCUCUGUUAACAUAUUGGAUAAUCCUUCUACAUUCACUGCUCAACUCAAACUUGAAAUCACAUUUGAAGUGUUUGAAUAUCUUCCACAUGACCUCGAAUGGGAGCUAGUUUAUGUAGGCUCAGCAAAAUCAAGCUCCUACGACCAGGUCCUCGAUUCGGCUCUCGUUGGCCCUGUUCCCGAAGGCAGACACAAGUUUGUAUUCGCAGUAGACGCUCCGGAUCCUACGAAAAUCCCCGUUCAAGACCUUGUUGGUGUUACCGUUCUUCUUCUUAGAUGCAAAUAUAAUGGCCAGGAGUUCAUUAACUUGGGAUGGUUCGUCUCUAAUGAUUACGAUGAUCCAGAGCUGAAAGAGAAUCCACCUACGAAACCGAUCAUUGAGAAGCUAACUCGCACGGUACAGACGGAUGAUCUGCGUGUAACAUCAUUUCCGAUCAAAUGGGAUGAGAAUCAACCCGAUGAGUAUCCUCCUGAGCCGGAGCAGGAAGAGAUCGACGAGGCGGAUUUGAUGCCACUUGAAGAUGUAGAAGACGAAGAGAAGCGUGAGGAAGACGAGGAGGAAGGCGACGGAAACCCUGAAAUUGAUGUAGAUCUUGAAGAAAGCAUGGAUAACGAUGAUGUCAAAGAUGAAGAAGAAGAGGAGGAAAAACUGGAUGAGAGAGAGGAUCAAGAGGGAUCUACGGACGAUGUAGAAAUGGCAGACGACACUGCGGAAACCACAGGAAACACCUCUGCUACUGAAAAUGUUACGGCGAAUAGUGUUGUUUCUAAGGAUGACAAGGCUGAGUUGAAAGAAGCUGGUGAUGCCCCCUUCUCAGAUGUUACCAAUGACUCUCAAGUCACUCAGUAG